CCCGGCUUGUUUCCAAGUUUGUUUCUAAGCCUUCUCUAUUAAAGGGACACUCGCGCGGAAGCAGACUGCUAUUUGUAUUUAUUUUUUAGCACUUUUCUUAAGACAGUAUUGUUAACCCGUAAUACUGAGACCUGGUUUAAGCUUCGUUAAACACAUACGGUCGUGCAUUAUUUUCACGAAAAUGGAUUUUUGAUAUUCACCUUUGCUAACCUACACGAAGAUGAAAUUUCCAUGAACUUUACGCGCCAAAUUAAUUCGUUUUCUGCCGCUUUCAUUCUGAAUAUUAAGUUACUCCAAGUCAGAAAACAAUAUGUAUUGUUUCACUCCUAACAAAGCCGCCAGCUUAUAAAAUGAGCUUUUAGAUCCCGGACUGGAUUGGGGGAGGGGGCGCGCGGUGGGGCUCUCUUAUAAAAAUGACUGGGAUAUCGAUGUUCAUUAGAAUUUUGAAAAACGCCCUUAAAAGUUACCAGCGCGUGACUGAAAUUCAUGUUUACCCCGAAGAGAUAUGACUCUCAUUGAUGAGCGUUAAGUGGCUUUAAGACUGGCCGGCCAAGAGCCACGUCCCAAGAAACAUCAUUUCUUGACAAGUAGUUCCUAGUUUGCGUCCCACUCUGAGAAGGUACCGUGAUAGGUUACAGGACAUAUAGCAACUGUAACAAAUUGAAAUGGAAUACCCUAAGCGAGAUCAAAACACGAUUUUUAACGCAUUCAUAUCAGUGCCCACGUCAGUGUCAUAUAAAGUCCAUCAACCGGCCGGGAGCCCGCGACUCUCAUUUGUACUGCCCAGUGACAUAAUGCUAAAAUGACGUGGAGUGAUAUUUCAAACUAAAACCUCGUGGACUGUUUGAUUAGACAGAAUAACAUUGAAACAUAAAAGAAAACAAUACGGAAAAGAGACCAGAGUUUUAAUUGUAAAUAGAAACAAAGGAGAAACAUGAGAAAUUGAAACGAUGAAAGAACGGGUAUAACGUUUUUUGGCCACCAUUGAAAUAAGCUCACGUUUCGUUCAAUUUCAUGGCCACGUUGUUUGAUUGCUGUUAUAUAAUGCAUUUGCCAGGAAUGCAGUACACUAAUGGAUAUGAUACAGGUUCUUUGUCCGGAAUGUUUGAUGUACCGUCACUUAGUUAUGAAGACAUCUGAGAUUCUGGCACGGAACUUCACUUGAUUUCGCCUUUUCAUCAUUUUCUAUUUUGUUCAACAUUUUAAAACUUUCAGGUAGGUUUAGUAUCCUUCUGCUACUUUCCAAAUAUAAGGGCUUUGGAUCGCAGUUAAGAGGAGACAAAGGAUUCCGCUUGAACAAAAGGGCGGUAAUGCGUCUGUUUGAUUAACCAUGGAAAAAUGCAAAACAAAAAAAGCAAAUACUGUCAAAUACAUAAACAAGAUAAUUAAUGUUUGCCAUCAUACCGAAAUCAACCCAAGAAGAGUAUGAUCUAUGCUUUGAAUCAGACUCUAAAAUCAGUGAACAGAAAAACCGCGACAAACCCUUAUCCUUAAAAAUACUUGGGCUCUCUUCUCGAUGGAUGUAAGGUAGAUGAUUGUUUUUAUAAUUAAAAUAAAUUUCGGUGUCGAAUAACUCAUCAUCACUUACGUUGUUAGUAUUAGCUUAAACGCCUAAAUGGAAUCAAAGUGAAAAGUGAAAGGCUUUCUAUAGCUUGGAAAAUUUCCCUUCCGUUCAAACUAAAAUCAUGGUCGAUGGAAAAUGGCGCGUGCUUCCAUCAAUUAUACAGCAAUCUGACAACGGUUUUGCUGUCCCAAACGAACACUCCUAAACGUCCAGAGCACUUUUAAUUUAUUGGUUUCACAACAGCUGUGCUUUGUGAAACAAAAGGCGAACUAAGAUAAACAGCUGUAAAAAAGAAACAAAAGCCGUGUUAUCCUUCUUUUUGUUCCAAAUUGAAUAACGAAACGUGCAAAUAAAAUAAUCCCGCUUUUUGGACAUUUUACUAAUCAGUUGUCUCUGCAUCAUUAUUCACAGAUAAGUAAGACCAUGGAAAAUGCGUUAAAUAACCAUAGGACUGCAGAAACAGCAUCCAAGCUCGCUGGACACUCCGGUGGAUACUCAGUGAUAACGCACGGUAAAUAACAAUAAUGCGGGCGUUUUUCACAUAUCAGUGACAUAUCCAAGCUUGUUGGAUACUCCGAUGGAUACUCAGUGAUAACGCACGGCAAAUAACAAUAAUGUGGGCGUUUUUUACAUAUCAGUGACAUAUCCAAGCUUGUUGGAUACUCCGGUGGAUACUCAGUGAUAACGCACGGUAAAUAAAAAUAAUGCGGGCGUUUUUUACAUAUCAGUUGUAAAUGGGCAGAUUCGCUAAAUGAAGCUCCUAAUUGAUCAACGUAAAUAGCUGAACGGGAAUGGAAAACGGCUUACCUUGUUCUUGUCUACAGAUCCUCUGGUCACUUUCAAAAGCAAAUUAAACUGAAUACAAUGACGAAACAAAUCAUUGAUUGGACAUCGCAGAAUGUCAUAUGAAGGUUUACUUGACAUAACUAAUGGGUCAUAACAAAUGUUCCAUAUAUUAUUAUAAGAAGACACGUUAAUAGGCCAUUUACGAGUUGUCAUUUGCCUCUGUUUCAAAACGAGUCUUGGCUUCGCGCGAAACCAUUCAUAUGGAAACGUGUUCCCGUUCUAAAAGGUUUUUAUUUCUUCCCAUUAUUUGAGGUCAAGCCCGGAUGUACCAUGCUUCAAACUACUCCACAGUGGGCCUAGCUUGUGGCUCGUCACCAUUCAACGAUAUCGUUUCAACUAGGAACAAAGUACAUCAGAAUCCCCAACGCAUCUUCCUUCACAACAGUCUACAACAACACUGGGACUCGGGUGUGUUUCAUCGCCUUUCAAUAAUGCGCCGUCGACAAUCAAGCAAACGGCUCAAAGUGAUCGUUUACCUCCUUUUCACAACUACUAUCAGCCAUAUGUACAAAGUGCUGUGUGGCACACUGAGUACACGUGCAACACACGUGCAGCACAGCCAGUCUUCUAUCCGGCUAAAGUUAUGAAGGAGAACUGGAAACUGGAAACUGGUGAUGGUCACACAUCUCUAGGUCACGAGAGCUUUACCCAUGGUUAUACUCUCGUCUACCACUGCGAUCACUUUCAUUGUCCAAAACGGUCGCGGCAAGAGGAGGAGAAUCUACUUAAUAAGGCUCAGAAAAGGACACGGAAAGAUCACUCCAUUGCCGACAUUCUUGACCUCCUUUCAGAGGAGCGCUGCGAUAAAGUGUGCAAACAGUCUGAGAAAAAUCAACUAUCUCAUUCGGUUGAAACAGACAUACAAGAGCCUUCAACUGAAACAGCUCAAGAAAAUGAACUUGAAAACCAUGCUCUGAAACAAAGUGAUCGAAUUACGAAAACUGACUACGAUGAAAAUUCAGAACUAAAAAGUGGAAGAUCUUCUCAAAAUAUAUCCUCUAUCCACUACAUUGCGUCACCUAAACUUCAGUUGAGUCUAUCUUCAAUUGCAACAGAACACAGAGGGGAAAAUCAAAGGCUAAGACCUGAAAUUCCACAUAGGGUUAAUGACUUCUGGGAGUCGAUAAAUAGACCUGAUAGCGAGUGCAAGAGUAGAUAUGUAGGGACGGCCAAAAGGUGUCAAAGUCAAAGAAAUAAAGUCAAGAAAGUCAAGAUGCGUGGUAAUGAAAAUCAGAGGGGCAUACAGAGAAUCACGUGUCACCCUUCACGUUCUGAAGGGUCCAAAUACAGCAAUACCAUGUUCUUUAACAAAACUUGGGACAAAGAUCGAGAGAGCAGUACCAUGCCACCACAAAAACGCACGCCAUUAGAUGGCGAUUCAAGGGCGUCUUUAAGGGUCCCGCAACAAAAACAAUUUGAUGAAGCGCGUAGGUUGGGUUCGCAACAAAGUGAAGACAACAACACACAACUGUUAAAUAGCUGGAGUGGGAUUCACAAUUCGUACCGUACAGAAUUUGGUGAUGUUACACAGCACGUGCAGACGAUCGCAACGUCUAAAAGACUUGAAAACAUCAAUAAACAUCGCAUCAUGAAGCAAAGGCCACGUAAUUCAAAAUUGCCACCUACUUCUAAAUUCUCAAGUGAUGAAGCAACUGAUGUAGAUAACACACUUCUACUAACAAUCCCAUUUAACCAAGACGAGAGCAGUCCGCAGCUAACAUGUUCUGCACAACGUAACAAACCGGUUAAUAUCGUAUAUAAAGAAGGCAACCUUGCAGAAAAUGAUUGGGCUGGGGACAGUUGCGACCACAAUUAUCUCCCUAGAAUUGUGGCCGUGCAUACUAUAGUUGAAGAUCGCAGCGAAAAAACUCAACGAAAGGAGUUACGCGGCGCCAAACGGUUGUCUUCAAAUGAAAAGAAAGAGUGGAACAGUUUGUUAGCGGAUUUAUCGUCAAGCUGUCUGGAUGGGUAUUAUGACGUCGAACAUAAAAGAUCUUCCCCUACUGAGCACGUUUACCCCACACUAAGUCAAAGUGCCGAGUUCAGCCACUCAGCAGCACCAAUAUAACCCGGUCACUGCCAAGAACUGAUCAGCCUACCACCACUGGCAGUAGCUGAAAUUACAGCGUCUCCAAUAACACUGACUAUUUCAAACAGCAAUGUUACCAAAUUUCUAUGCUGAGUACGCACUAAGUGGACCCCGCUGUAGUCUUUGAUCAACUGGCUCACUCGGAUGCAAGCAAACAAGAGGCACCUUUGGUGAAAACUCCGGUAAAAAUGCUGAAAGACAACGACGAUACAACUAGUGUAGAUUCUUGCAGAAGAUAACGAAGGACAUGUAGAAAACAAAUCGACAAUUCAGGACCUUCUGCCAUCAAAAGAACCAAGUGCUUCCAUAUAAAAUAAGCUUAAACUUGCGUAUAAAAACGGAAACCGUUGUCACACUACGUAUACGAUAGAGAAUUUUAACAAAAAGGAGAGUGACGUUACGCUCCGUUCCGAAUACCUCUAGAGGUAACCUACAAGAGGUUGCGAUGAAUUUGACAUCCCUAGAUGUACAAAGUGACGGAUAAGUACAGCUCUGGUGACGUAUAGGUCACUUUGGCCCGGAACCAACAACGGUUACAAAACAUCGCCAUUUUCAUGUAUAAAGUAAAAAACGGACUUGUGCCCACUUAUAUGACAGAAAUAUCCAAUACUACCAAAAAACGGUAUAAUCUGAGGAACGCUGAUUUUUCGCACAGUUCAUUAUGGAAAACAUUCUUUACGAUAUUUUGGGCCACAUCUUUGAAACAAACUAGACCAUCAUGAUAGAGAGAAGCCAAAUGUUAAGAGUUUUAAAAACAGUAUUGAGAGUAAAGGCCUAUCACUCUUAAUACAUCCAUGAUUGUACUCCGGCACGAUUGCUUGCUAAAUUCACGUUUCCGACGAUUGUUUUUUGUUCUACACUGAGAAUUG